ACCCUAUCAAACACCCCUCCUCCCUCGUCCCCAUCUCCUCAGCCGCCGCCGCAACCUCCUCCCCGCCCCCCUCCCGAUCCCCACCUCCUCACUACCACACCCCAUUCCAAUCCCCACAUCAUAAUCAUCCUAACCUAGCUCCCGGCGAUUCCCUCUGCCCUGAUCCCCACCUACGCAGAUGUCGUCGGAGCCGCCGCCCGCGGAGCCCUCCGAGGCCGUGGAGGCUGCCAGGCCGUCGGCAUCCUCGAGGACCACCGCCUCAUCACCUCCGCCACAUCCAUGUGCACGGUGGCGUCCGGGCGUCCGAAGCGGCUCUGGGAGGGCUUGCUAAUGCUGGUCCGCGGCCUCGACUCCGUCGCCGCGUCGCUCGCGCAGCUCUCUGACACCCUCACCGCCGCCCACAAGGCAACGAUGGAUUCCACCGGCGGUUCCUUCCUUCCCUCGCACAGUUAGGUGGCCGUUCCACCCGCCUAAAUCUACCGAUCCACGAGGCGAGGAGGAUCAUGAUGCCGCCAGGGGGAAGCGAGCAUGGCCGCACGGGAGAGGAGCAGAACCAGAACCACCUGCCGGCGAUCCGCCGCCGCGACGAGUCCCAUCCCGCAUCGCUGUUCCCCGCCGUAGCUUCUCAGAAGCAGAGGAAGAAGAGGAAGCCAGCGUCGGCGGCAGCGGAGAGCGUCUCCGAGGGCCCCCUCGUCGAGAUCCUGGCGCGGCUGCCCUACCGGUCGCUCUGCCGCUUCCAGUGCGUCUCCAAGCAGUGGCGCCAGCUCUGCUCCGACACCAUCAAAACCAUCAAGAGGGCACCGCAGACCCUCGCCGGAUUCUUCCAUAACCGCCUGGCCGACAACCUCUGCUUCAGCAAUCUGUCCGGGGGGCGCCCGUUGGUCGAUGCUUCUCUCCCUUUCCUGCGCGGGAGAUACCAUAGAUUCAAGCUCCAGCAAUGCUCCACCAGCCUCCUCCUCUGCAAAUGCUGGGGAUAGUUGUCGGAAAACGACGAAUUCGAUUUCGUCGUGUGCAAUCCGAUGACCGAGCAAUCGGCCACUGGCCUCACCAAAGCGGUCUAACUCUUUUGACCGCAUGCCAUUGCCAUGUCUUGGACUCUCUCUGCAUGCGAUUGCACGACGAUUGUUGCUUGGCUUUGGCCGCUUCUGCUCCUGCCAAAACUUUCCAGGCUUAGUCAGUUAGAGUCUCAGCUGGUGCGUGUGGCAUGGGCAGUGGUCAGUUAGGUUCUCAGUCUUAUUGUUUUCUUUCUCUCACACAGUUAGGUUCUCAGUCUUAUUGUUUUCUCAGUCUUAUUGUUUUAUUUCUCUUGGCGAUGUCUCAUUCUGAAGAAGCUGGAAAGAAUGACUCCCUCUAUGUUGUGGUAUUACGUUUCAUCUAGAUGCGCUGCAAUCACAUGCUUUGUCUCAAGCUUAGUACUAGCUAUAGUGCAAAGCAUUUUUUUUUCUUCAAGACUGGACCGAAUAUGGACUGCAAAUGUUUCCUUUCUAUAUAUAUGAGCAGAUGCAGGAACUUGGUUCAUCUUUUCAAGACUGGAGUCGUUAGCAUUGUGACCUACUUUAUUGCUCAACUCUGCCAAAUAUUAUCUGCGAAAUUAAAUUAAUAUAAUGGUUAUGAUGCAUGCAGCUCACUUAGAUGUCAGUCUGAAUCUUGUUCACUUUGCUCUUCUUCUCACCCACCGUUUUCGGUUCUAAAUUUGGUUGAUACUUGUAAUCUGCCUUUGCUGCAAUUUUCCUGGUUCAAAUUUUUUCUCUGAAGAGGAAGUAGGAAAUGGUGAUUUUGUCGCUUAGCAUCUGUACCAGAUGUUGCUGUGAGCAACUGAUGUCUGUGCAAUUCAUAUACAUGCUGUCCACAGUAUCCCUUCAUUCAUCUAAUCCGUCCCACGUCGGUCGUAUGGACGUUUCUAAUCUGCUGCCUUCCCCAAAUAGUACUACUGACAUAUUAACAGCAUGUUCAUUCGCACAGAUUGUUAACUCAGCCCCUGCUGUGUGAUCUUAUUGAUGUCAUCUUUAAUCAUCGUGGGGCCAGUAAUCUCGCAUGUAUUAUUUUCAAAAAAUGCUUCAUCAACAAACUCAUGAAAUCUUUGUCUCUCAUUGUAUUUUUCAUCUGUUGGAUUGCACCCCGUCUUUAUAGAUAGAUAACAUCAUGUUAUCAUAUGCGAUAGAAAAUCUUGACUCUGUCCGUGCGGGGCUGGCUGCAGGCUCAUCGAGAACGACGUGUUCAAGCAGGACUGGCGGGCGCAGGGUCGGGGCCACAUCAUGCGCUACUUCGUGCUCAAGUGGGCGCUCUGCUUCCUCGUCGGCGCCCUCACCACCGCUGUUGCUUCAUUGCCAACCUCGGCGUCGAGAAUGUCGCCGGCGCCAAGUUUGUCGUCACCUCCAACCGCAUGUUCGCGCGCAGGUGAAGUACAAAGCCAAGUGUGAAUCUAUGAAGCGUAUUAACAAAGAGUAGCAUAUGUAUUAUAAUAGUAGGCAGCAGUAGGCAUAUCUGGGUUGUGGUGUAGUGUAAAGAUUGUAAUAGACAAAUUUAAUGUUGGUUUGGAGGAAUUUCAUUUGCUCUCUAGCCUGUUUGAAAUAUUGACUGCGAAUGUGAUUUGAAUACCUAUGAAAUGGCAAGGUGACAAGGGGACCAAGUUAUAAUAUUUA